GUCCUGGCAACUGACUUCAAUCAAAUAAAAACCGACAAAACUUCUCUAGCUAAAAGGGAGAAAAAUAUAUUUAGUUUAAACGAAUCUGCCAGUGGAUACAUAGCACAUAUAUUUAUUAUCAGCUUAGAAAAUGUUUUGGGGUCUCAGCUCAGCUUUGGACUUGUACGACGAGUACCUGAAGGCGUUCAGGAUCAAUGAUGACACAGGCAAGGAGGGGAGCAACGCUGGCGGAGAUGGUCCCACGUCCCCGGCUAAACUGAACAUCCUACUCCUGGGCGAAGCGGAUGCUCGUCAUGUGAUCCGGACUCUGGCCAAACGCUAUACACAUCGGGUUAAGCCCGAUAUCCACAUAUAUAUCGUGGAGGGAAGCCCCGAAAUAGAAGCCCGUCACAUGCUGCUCUUGGCUGUGGCUCUGGAGGAUCCCGCCUCCUUCAAUCUCGUAAGCAAAGCCCAUCUGUACAUGGAUCUCUAUGGGAAUACAAUGGUGCGUCCGAGCACCUAUCACUACAUGGCCUCCAAAGGGCGUACUCUCCUGAAAAUGGUCACCAACGAGGAGCAACUACAGAGCCUGGCGCCCAUGCUAAAUAUCCAGCACUUAAAGUACAGGGAGCGGGAUGGCCUUGAGAUGGCCUUCACUUUCUGGCAACCACAGCCCCAGCAUGUCUACAAAAUAACAGAGUACUGGGAACAGCGCGGAAGAGCUCUUAUGGGUACUCGAUAUGACCAUCGAAACGGGGUGUUCGAUUGGGAUUUGAAUAUGACCCUCAAGAAUCGCGGUGGCCAGCAGAUUUGCUCACAGGAGUAUCGGUACUGGCGGGAGUCCGGCGUGGCCUUUGUCUUUCCGGAGUACGAGCACUGCAAGCCGAACAAAACCUUCUGUGCCGGAUUGGUGCGGGAUGGGACUACCUUCAUGCAUCGCGGCUACGUCGGAGAAAUGCAGACUGGUCCCUUUUGUGGCUUCGGAUUGCGUAGUGCCGAAGAGCGGAUGCAUAACUCUGCGCAUGGCGAAAACGAUUACCGAGCCACCGAUAUAACCGAGCGAAAUCUUCUAGAGUUCUUCCACGAACUGCAAACCCAGGAGCCAUACGAGCACGAUGCCACCCGAUCCCGUCGCUACGGAUCCGUUCAACUACUGAUGUCCCCGCUAUUGAGCCACGAGGAAGAGGACAUCAGCAGUGUAACAAGCUACCAACGUCCCUGGAUCAAGGUACCGGGAGUCACUGUUCACUACUUGUCGUCGCUGGUAAUUCCCCAGAUGCAAUCAGGCGUCGAGUAUUGGAACAGCAUGUUCGAUGUUGUCUUCGUGGCUUAUAACUACAAUGUCUUCUUGAAAAAUCCCUCAUUCUUACAUAUUUUGAAACCGCAGGGUCUGUUUAUCCACGAAACUAUGCAAAUGACCGUUAACCGCAAGGACGUCGUCAAGGAAUUCGAGUCCAAGGCAAAGAAGUUUAUGAAAGAGGGAGGACUUAAGCCGGUCCUCAACUAUAAUGCCAUAAAUAGCAAAAACAUGAUACUCAAAUUCAAGAAGAAUCGUUUCGAUGACGGAAAUGAGGCAGAUGAGGAAGAGGAGGAGGAGAAGGAGGAGGACUCUGAAGAGGCUAAUGGGGUUGGUGAAAAUUGGGAUUUGAAAAUAUCAGAAGUAGAGAAUGAAAUUGAGGCAGUUGAUGAACCUUUGCCAAAGGAUGACACCAAACCAACGAUGCAAAUCAAUGAGAAAGAAGAGACCUCACCGAAUCCAAACCCUAAGGAGGACAAGAUCGCUACUGAUAGAAAAAUUAUAGCAAUAGAAAAUUCUACUCAGGAUGCUAUUGAAGAAAAAAGAAAGGAUAAUUUGGAAAACUAUGCCCAGAAAGAUGAGGAAGGAACUAAAGAUGCCACAAAUCCUGUUUCAGAAGAGCUUCCUUUUAAGAAAAAAUUUUUUUUUGAUGAUGAAAGAUGGAGGUCAGUUACAAAAAGAAUCAAAGAGCUAGCAAGACCUCUUCCAAAAAGUGUUCCACGGGAAGAUCCACAAGUUGUGGUUCCAGAAGUACCAAAGGGCGAGGAGUUUAAGAACGAAUCGGAAAACCCAGUCAAGACGGAGGAUACUAUAGAUAAUACUAAGACCGGUGUAUCUAAUGGAGUCCAAAAUACUGAUGCAGUUUCUUCAGACGAUCUUAAGGUUCCAUCCUCAAAUCCUGAUCUCGAGGUUCUUUCCUCAGAUCCUGAUCUCGAGGAAUUUCUCCGACUGGAGAAUGAAUCAUGCUGUCAAUAA